CGACAACUUUCCAAUAACUCUCCAUCAAAUAUUCUCACACCAGUUAAUACACCAGGUCGGAGUUAUGGCAUCUGAAUCGAUAUUACAGUCGCGCAAACGGGCCUCCCCUCGCCAAGAAGUUAAUAUUGAGCAAGUCACCAUCAAGGCUUGCCCCAGCCGACCUUUCCAGGUUGACGAGAUAUCGAAGGUACAGGCAGGCAGAAGAGCCCGACUUACGCUCUUACUCUGGCACGAGCUGGCGCCGUGGCAACAAGAUAAUGAAUUCAUCAUCUCCGGCUACCGGUAGGUCACCCAACACUGCUUACAUUCAAGGACCAUGAUUCAUAAUGGCACAAACAGUCCUGCAUCUGGAUCUUUCCGCCAAUCCAUGAAAAGCUUGAGACACAUACAUAACGAAACAGUGAAUAUAUACUCCCACCUGUUCGGGGCGGUCCUCUUC